AUGGGGGACCAUAUGAUUUUGCAGUCGGCUGAUGUGAUCAAGGAAAUUGUGAGCACGAUUGACGAUGCCAAAGAUGAGCUGCGGCUCUUGAGUCUUGAAAUCUUCAACAACCCGGAGCUGAUCUUUAAAGAAUACAAAGGCUGUAAGCUGUUGUCAGACUGGUUGGAGAACCGUGGAUGGACAGUCAAUCGCGGUGUAUAUGGCCUCGAGACUGCUUUUGAGGCGAAAUUUUCCGUUCUUGAAGGGGGAAGGACGGUUUGCUUCAAUGCAGAGUACGAUGCCCUCCCUGGAAUGGGCCAUGCUUGCGGUCAUAAUUUGAUUGCUACCUCCUCGUUGGCAUCGGCAAUUGCCCUUGAAACCAUCCUUAAGAAUCAUCAAAUCCCUGGUACGAUCGUCGUGAUGGGAACACCAGGCGAGGAAUCCGGCGGCGGGAAGUGGAUCAUGGCGACAAACGGUGCUUGGAAGGGUUUUGACGCGUGUGUCAUGACACAUGGCAUGCGCAAUUUUAGCACACCCUUGUGUUUGACCAAGGCUUCAUGGAAGGUACGGGUGCGCUUCCAUGGCCUGGCAGCGCAUGCUGCUACAGCUCCCUGGAAGGGGCGUAAUGCCUGUGAUGCUAUUGUACAGGCAUAUAGCGCAAUCGCAAUGCUGCGCCAGCAUCUGGAAAAGGGGCAUAGUAUUCAAGGGUGCAUUCUUGAAGCUGGAAAGGCAUCAAAUAUUGUACCCGAUUAUGCCGAAGGGUUGUUCAGCAUUAGAGCUCCCACGAUGAAGAAGCUGGAUGAGCUUAAGCCCAGAUUCGAGCCGAUAUUUAAAGCAGCUGCAGAUGCAACCGGAUGUACUGUUGAGCUUGAAUGGACUGCCCUUUAUGAGGAUGUUGUUUCUAAUAACACACUUGCUGAGCAAUAUCGUGAUUACAUGGUACAGCACCUGGGUGUAGAACCAGAGCAAAUGCCUACAUUGGAAGAAUCUCGAGUGCUUUACGACCAACCAGGAUGCUCAGACUUUGGUAGUUGUUCCUAUAUUUGUCCCGGAAUUCAAGCUAUGUUUUCGAUCAAUGCAACCGACUUCCCGCAUUCAAUUGGAUUCCGUGAAGCAUCGUCUGGUGAGUUUGCCCACCAAGAGGCACUGAGAGCUGGCCAGGCAAAUGCACUUGUGUGCCUUGACGUUCUCACAAACGAUAAGUUCGCCGAGGAAAUGAAGAAGGAAUUCAUCGAGGCCAUGAAAGAAGCUGGCCGCUGGGAGGCAUAA